AUGCAAAACCGCUUUUUCACAAAAUUUCGUUCAACGAUUCCCUUUUUUCUUUCUUCCCAGCAUUGUUUUCGUUCUCCUUCACGUUGCCGCCGCCACCACACAGCCAACUGUGCCGGUGUCUUUUCCCCGUUCCCGUUCCCCUUCUUCUUCAUAUCCCCCUCCUCGCUACAAACUAGGCCGGCACCCACUACUGCCUAGCCUUCGUCUACUCGUCGCACGCCGGCAUCCUCCAUUGGCCAUGCCUGUUUCUUCUCUCUUCCUCUCUGCUGCAACCUCGCCGGCACUCACGACUGCCUAGCCUUCUUCAACUUUUCGCCGAUUGCCCACCGCACUGCUCGUCGCCUUGGUGCACACUCUUUCUUCCGCAACCCCUCCCUCUUUCUGUCGUUCAUUGCUGAGUUCGCUGGUCGCUGUGCUUAUUUGGAUUGUUUCUACUUGAGAAUUUUGUAUGCUGGAAAGUCUCCCUUCUUCAUCCGCUUGCUUGCAUCCACCAGUUUCUCGCAUCUGUGGACAAAUAUGUUUUCUUCACCUUUUGAUUUUUGAAAUCUAAAGCGCCGUUAUCGAGCUCACUACUCCGGAAACCAAUUGACUGAAUUUGAUUUUGAGCCUUUCUUGACCUCAAACGAGCCAAAUGUCUCUCUCGACAGCCCAGAGUGCUGUUCAUCUGCUUCGGCACCUUGGAAGGGUUGGCAUGGUUGAUGAGGCGCUUGCUGCAUUUUCUACGCUCGAUUCACAUGCAAAAAACACAAAUGUGCGUAAUGAGAUCAUCAAUUUGCUUCUGAAAUCUGGGCGAGUCGACAAUGCGUUGAAUGUGCUCUACGAAAUGCUUCUUCCAGAAUCGGAGUUUCGACCCAAUGAUAAAACUGCUGGCAUUGUUUUCAAUAAAAUGUUGAAGAUAGAUGGGUCAGAGGGGAGAGCCAAGGAAGAUGAAAUUGCUGGUUUGGUAUCCAAAUUUGGUAAAUAUAACAUUUUUCCUGAUACCAUUGCAUUGACACAGUUGAUCUCAAAGCUUUGUAGGAGUGGAAAUACAAAUCUUGCAUGGAAUAUUUUAGAUAACAUGAUGAUGUUGAAUGGUCUUAAGGAUGCUGCACCCUGCAAUGCACUUUUGACAGGAUUGGGAAAGGCGAGGGAAUUUGGUAAGAUGAAUCUGUUGAUGCGAAAGAUGAAAGACAUGAAUAUUCAGCCUACUGUUAUUACUUUUGGUAUCCUUAUUAAUUAUUUGUGCAAGUUUAGAAGGAUCGAUGAUGCAUUAGAGGUGUUUGAGAAAAUGAAAGGGGAAAAAGAGGAGGCCGAGGUUGUUGUUGCACCUGAUACAAUCAUGUACAAUACUUUGAUAGAUGGGCUUUGUAAAGUGGGGAGGCAAGAAGAAGGUUUGCGCUUGAUGGGAACGAUGAGAUCAGGUCAAUGUGCACCGACUACUGCUACAUACAAUUGUUUGAUUAAUGGGUACUGUAGGGCAGGUGAAAUUGAGGUAGCUAAUAAGCUCUUUAGUGAGAUGGUAAGUGAACAAAUUGAGCCGAAUGUAAUUACCCUCAAUACUUUAGUUGAUGGAAUGUGCAAGCAUAACCGAAUAAGCACUGCAGUUAAGUUCUUCCGGGAUAUGCAGCAGAAGGGCUUGAAAGGAAAUAAUGUUACUUACACAGUGUUCAUUAAUGCUUUUUGCAAUGUCAACAAUAUGAACAAGGCAAUGGAAUUUUUGGAUGAAAUGUCGAAAGAUGGAUGUUUUCCUGAUGCCGUUGUGUAUUAUACUUUGAUAUGUGGUUUAGCCCGAGCUGGAAGGUUGGAUGAUUCCAGCUCUGUCGUGUCGAAGUUGAAAGAGGCAGGGUUUUUUCUAGAUCGUGUUUGUUACAAUGUUCUUAUCAGUGAGUUCUGUAAGAAGAACAAAUUAGAUAGAGCUCAAGAAUGGUUGAACCAAAUGGAGCUUGCUGGAGUUAAACCUGAUAGUGUCACAUACAACACUUUAAUUUCUUACUUCAGUAAGAUUGGGAAUUUCAAAUUAGCUCACAAGUUUAUGAAAAAGAUGACCGAAGAGGAUGGUCUUUCACCCACUGUCUUCACUUAUGGAGCUCUUAUUCAUGCAUAUUGCUUGAAUAACAACAUUGAUGAAGCCAUCAAGCUUUUCAAGGAAAUGAAUGUUGCGUCAAAGGUUCCUCCUAACACAGUAAUAUACAAUAUAUUGAUAGACUCUUUAUGCAAACAGACCGAGGUCAAUUUUGCACUUUCUCUAUUGGACGAUAUGAAGUUUAGAGGGGUGAUGCCAAACACCACAACAUACAAUUCUAUUUUUAAAGCCCUUAGAGAGAAUAAUUGGUUGGACAAAGCAUUCAAACUUAUGGAUAGAAUGGUCGAGCAGGCAUGUAAUGCCGAUUAUAUAACAAUGGAGAUCUUAACCGAAUGGCUUUCUUCAGUUGGUGAAACUACAAAAUUGAAGAAGUUUACACAGGGAUGCAUGGUUUCUGAUUCUGCAGCCUAAAGUCUGCAAGCAUAAAGUGCUUUCUUUUGAUUAGUUGACAUGCUUAACGGUAAACAGUCGAAAUUUUCCCAUGCAUCGUGAGCUUAUCUGGAUUCUUCAUGUAUUUAAUGAUUCUCAAACGACCCCGAGGGGGAGUAUUAACAAAGGACUUCUUGUUCUCCUAGUUUCUUUGCAACAAGAUUAUACUUCAAUCAAUGCUGAAAAAGUUCGGACUGUUGCUUGUUUCUGAUAACAUUCCAUAGAGGCAGAAUUAUCAAUUUGUUAAUCUUCGGGAUUGGAUGAUUCUCUCGAACUUGGAAUGAGCUUGAGGAGAAGAAAAUGUAUCUCAUUCAACAACAAAAACUGUAUUUAUAAUUUAUUCAAUAUUGCGAAACAGAAUUUCUGAUAUGUUGGUUUAGUCAUUCAUAAUUGUGUGAUAAGGACCAUGAACACAAAAAUAACAGGUCUCUAUAGAAUCCUUUUCUUACAUUUGUGCACAUGAUGUAAAAUGACGUAUGAUAUGAACUACUUGGACACAAAUUAUCGAAAGCUAAAUUUUUAUAGUGUUUUUAUUU